UUUUAAGGUUUGAAUAUAACGAAAACAUAUACGUGGAGAGCUUAACAUCAUUUGAUUCAAGCCGGAGUGUACGUCAAUGCAGUGCUUUUGUUCCGAUGUAUAACUGGAUGUCCUCUGUAUUUUUCAUUCGUGAUUUCGCGCUUCUGAUCUCGCCGAGGCCGGUAAUCAUAACUAGAGUUUUCGAUAUCGGUAGUCGUUGAUCGUUAGAGAUGCCGUUGCAGGUCAAGGACUUGGCGAGGGUGGUGAAUGGGUUGUCUCUUGUGGCCAAAGAGUCUCUCCGGCGCCGGCUGCUCCUUACAGACGGAGUUGAUUUCCAAAGCCUAAUCAAGACAACUCUUCUGUCUGCCACCGAUCUGACCGGCCUCACCAAAGGCAGGUUUCGGCGGCUUGAAGACGAUGCUACCACUGCCCACGCUACUGCAGAUAUCGAUGAUCCUAACUCGAAUGCUAAUCUCAAUGCAUCCAAGGAUAGUGUUGUGUACUUCGGCGAUAGUGCACUCCAACCGGAUCAAAGCCGUUCUCCUGAUUCUAAUGAAGUCGUCAAUCAUCUUCAUUCUGAGGUUCUCCCUGCCCCGGUUUGUGAUAUUGCUGCUUCUAACGACGGUGGGUCUCCGCCUUUGGAAACACCGGGCUCAUCCAUUGACGUUGAUCCUCAUCCGUCUCUCCAGAUGGACGAGUCAUCUACACAACGGGAUUUCCCAGCUGGUGGAGCCCCGGCCUCCCAAACGGCCAUCAAGAGGCAGCUAAGGAAGCCUAGGGAAAGAAGGGUUCCCACUACUCCUUUUUCUAGGGCGCUUGGAUUUGCAGGCCUUGGGGCUGGACUUGCAUGGGGCACUCUUCAAGAAUCUACAAAGAGACUAAUCUUUGGCUCCCCAACUUCAAAGGAUAAUCAAAAUGCUCUUUCUCCUUACCUAUCCGAGAGAAAUGCAGAACGUUUGGCUCUCGCAUUGUGCAGAAUGCGUGGUGCAGCUCUUAAAUUGGGACAAAUGUUGAGCAUUCAAGAUGAAUCUAUUGUACCAGCUCCGAUCUUGGCUGCUCUGGACAUUGUUCGACAGGGUGCAGAUGUGAUGCCUAGGAGCCAACUCAAUAAAGUUCUUGACACUGAAUUAGGCCCUGAUUGGUCAACUAAGCUAAAGAGUUUUGAUUAUGAACCAAUUGCAGCAGCAAGUAUCGGACAGGUACACAGGGCUGUGACAAAGGAUGAUAUGGAGGUUGCAGUGAAAAUACAAUACCCUGGUGUUGCUGACAGCAUUGAAAGUGAUAUUGAAAAUGUUAAACUUCUCUUGAGCUAUACUAAUCUUAUCCCAGAGAAAUUGUACAUUGACAAUGCUAUGAAGGUAGCAAAGGAGGAACUCUCUCGUGAAUGUGACUAUGUACUGGAAGCAAAAAAUCAGAAAAUUUUCCGUGAUCUUUUGCAUGGAGAAACUGGCUUUUAUGUUCCGAUUGUGGUAGAUGAGUUGUCCGGUAAAAGAGUAUUAACUUCGGAGCUUGUCCCUGGAAUUCCAAUUGAUAAGGUAUCAUUACUCGACCAAGAGACUCGCAACCAUGUUGGAAGAAAGUUGCUUGAACUCACUUUGAAGGAGUUGUUUAUAUUUCGAUUCAUGCAGACUGAUCCCAAUUGGAGCAAUUUCCUUUAUGACGAGUCUACAAAUUCAAUCAAUCUCAUAGACUUUGGAGCAGCUCGGGACUACCCUAAACAUUUUGUUGAUGACUAUUUAAGAAUGGUUCUUGCUUGUGCAAACAGUGACCGGGAAGCAGUGAUUGAGAUGUCAAAGCGACUUGGAUUUCUCACAGGGGAAGAGUCAGAUAUAAUGAUAGAUGCACAUGUGCAGGCGGGUUUUAUAGUAGGUUUGCCAUUUUCAAAGGAAGGAGGCUAUGAUUUCCGGUCUAACAAUAUAACACAAAGCAUUUCGAAUCUGGGGGCUACCAUGCUGAGGCACAGGCUGACACCUCCACCAGAAGAAGCGUACAGUCUGCACCGAAAGUUAUCCGGUGCUUUCCUUGCUUGCAUCAAGCUUGGUUCUGUUGUGCCUUGUCGCGAAGUAUUGUUUGAUGUGUAUGAUAAUUAUCAGGCUGGUGAAGAUGGCGUCGUUUCGUCACGGGCGUAUUGAGGAAAAGGAGGGAUCUUCAGGAACACUAUCUCGAGAAUAUAUAAUUUCUCCUUCAUUGAGCUCCGUGUUCCGUCAUGUCUUUCCAAUCAUUCUUUGAACACAGCUACUUUACAACAUCACAGGGUGCAUGUGAUGCUUGUAUAAUCCUAUUCGGUAACACUAUAUAUGGUUUAGUUUAUGAGAUUGCUGAUGAAUUGACUCAACAUGUUAAAUGAUAAUGUAAUACUAGUAACUAAUAUGUGUAUAUAUAUAUUAUAUAUACACAUACCAACUUUCCAUCUACAACACAAGAUUGCAACCUUCCUUCAUCCAUUGUAGGAAAAGGAGGGAUCUUCAGGAACACUAUCUCGAGAAUAUAUAAUUUCUCCUUCAUUGAGCUCCGUGUUCCGUCAUGUCUUUCCAAUCAUUCUUUGAACACAGCUACUUUACAACAUCACAGGGUGCAUGUGAUGCUUGUAUAAUCCUAUUCGGUAACACUGUAUAUGGUUUAGUUUAUGAGAUUGCUGAUGAAUUGACUCAACAUGUUAAAUGAUAAUGUAAUACUAGUAACUAAUAGUUGUAUUUAAAAAUAAAGAAAAGUUGUAUGAAAUAAAAGCUAAAAGUUUCCCAC